GUUAUCCCCCUUGAUUAGAGUUGGAUUCAUUGACGUAUUUCCUGUUUUUAUGUGUUUGGUCUGCUAAUAAAUGCAGAUAAUCAACAAAAAUGGGAAAUACAGACACUAAAUUAAAUUUUCGGAAGGCUGUCAUACAACUUACAACAAAAACACAGCCAAUUGAAGCAAACGAUGAGGCAUUUUGGGAACAGUUUUGGUCUGAAAGCGUUACAUGUGUACAAGAUGUGUUUACUUUAAUACCUGCAGCUGAAAUAAGAGCUCUUAGAGAAGAAUCACCAUCAAAUUUAGCAACAUUCUGUUACAAAGCUGUAGAAAAAUUGGUUGCAGCAGCAGAGAGUGGCUGCCCUUCACAAAGAGAGCAACAAACUGUUUUGAAUUGUGUGAGAUUACUUGUUAGAAUACUUCCAUAUAUAUUUGAGGAUCCUGAUUGGAGAGGAUUUUUUUGGUCAACUCUUCCUGGACAUUCAGAAGAUGGAGAGACAGAGAGUCCCCCAUUGGCGCAGUCUCUGCUUAGUGCUCUCACUGAUCUGUUGUUUUGUCCAGAUUUCACAGUUGCAUCUAACAGAAAGGCAGGCCCUGAUAAUCCUGAAGACAUGCACUCUAUAGAUAGUUGUGAAUAUAUUUGGGAAGCUGGUGUUGGAUUUGCUCAUUCUCCAGCACAUAAUGGUUAUCAUGAUCAAAACCGUACAGAAAUUCUUAAACUAUUGCUGACUUGUUUUUCAGAAACAAUGUACCUUCCUCCAAUAGCUGAUGCUCAUGCUCAUCCUAAUCAAUGGAUUCAGUUCUUCUCAUCUACUGAAAAUAGACAUGCUCUACCAUUGUUUACAUCUAUGUUAAAUUUGGUAUGUUCCUAUGAUCCUGUUGGCUAUGGUGUUCCAUACAAUCAUCUAAUGUUUUCUGAUCACCGUGAACCACUAGUAGAGAUAGCACUACAGGUAUUGUGUGUUACCAUGGAGAACGAUAAUUCUGGUAAUCAGAAUGUAUCUGUAGAUGGUACCAGUAGUGGAACAGCAAUGGAUCAAAGCAGUGAUGCAGGGGGACCAGAUAAUUUGUUUGUUAAUUAUUUAUCCAGAAUUCAUAGAGAAGAGGAUUUUAGUUUUAUUUUGAAAGGAAUAACCCGUUUAUUGAACAAUCCACUAACACAGACUUAUUUACCUGGAUCUACAAAAAAGGUUCAGUUUCAUCAAGAAUUACUGGUUCUCUUCUGGAAAAUGUGCGAUAUUAAUAAGAAAUUUAUGUUUUAUGUAUUAAAGAGUAGUGAUGUAUUGGAUGUAUUGGUACCUAUAUUAUAUUUUCUUAAUGAUGCUCGAGCAGAUCAAUCAAGAGUAGGAUUAAUGCAUAUUGGUGUAUUUAUAUUGUUAUUGUUGAGUGGUGAGAGAAACUUUGGUGUUCGUCUCAACAAACCUUACUCUGUUCGAGUUCCCAUGGAUAUUCCCAUUUUUACUGGCACUCAUGCCGACUUCCUCAUUAUUGUUUUCCACAAGAUUAUUACAACAGGUCACCAAAGAUUACAGCCAUUAUUUGACUGUCUUCUCACUAUUAUUGUCAAUGUUUCACCAUAUUUGAAGACAUUGUCUAUGGUUGCUAGUACUAAAUUACUACAUCUUCUUGAGGCUUUCAGCACACCAUGGUUUUUAUUUGCCAGCCCUACUAAUCAUCAUUUAGUGUUUUUCUUGUUGGAAGUUUUUAACAACAUUAUACAGUAUCAGUUUGAUGGUAACUCUAACCUAGUCUAUACUAUUAUACGAAAGAGAAACGUAUUCCAUCAGCUAGCUAAUCUACCGGUUGACCAUUCCGCUAUAGCUAAAGCUAUGACCAAAAGAGGAAAGAAGUUUGCUGCUCCUCCCCAAGAUACUAGGGAUCCUCAAACUAUGGAAGGGGCAUUACCUGCGGUAGAAGCGGAACCAGGUACUCUCAAGACAUCUUUGGCUGCGACUCCAUGUUUGGAUAAAAUGACAGAGAAAUCCGCUCCUGAUGAAAAUCAUAAACCACCAACCUUAAAGGAAAUAGCUGAAACAGGUGUAGCACAGAGUAUUCAACCUGUUAAUGAAAUACAAGAUCCUGUAGAAGAUACAAGUAAAGCAGAGAGUGAUAUUAAACCUAAACUAGAGAAAACACCAAGUUUGCCAACACCACCAGCUAGUCCAACUGAUAGUGUAGCUAGUACUGUUGGACCAUCUGAAACAGUUGCUAGAUUACCACUUAAACGUGCUACAUCAUCCGCUGGUAACUGGGUGGCUUCACCAGAAUGGGUCCAGUCAUGGAAACAGAAAUUACCCUUACAGACUAUUAUGAGAAUGUUACAAGUUCUUGUACCUCAAGUAGAGAAGAUCUGUAUUGAUAAAGGUCUAACAGAUGAAAGUGAGAUAUUGAAGUUUUUACAACAUGGUACAUUAGUAGGUUUAUUACCAGUACCUCAUCCUAUACUUAUACGUAAAUACCAGGCUAACAGUGGAACAACUAUGUGGUUCAGAACUUACUUAUGGGGAGUCAUUUACCUCAGAAAUGUGGAUCCUCCUGUUUGGUAUGAUACAAAUGUGAAAUUAUUUGAGAUACAAAGAGUCUGAAGAAAGAGGUCCUAAUCUGCGAAGGAUAUUUAUCUCAAUCAAACUUUGGCAUUUCUAAAUUAAAUCUCAAUUAAUUACAUUAAUCAUAAAUAAUAUAUCUUAUCAUCUGUGGCGAAUAUUGAUUAACCUAGGUGCUUGAUUUAGCUCUGGGCUAACAUAUAAAUAUCCACUCAAGUCUUUUCAUGGCAGAUUAUAUUUCACCAAGCCUAAAUAGUUUAAGAAACAUGUAUAGAAUACAUGAAUAUUUCUCAUUUUAUGGACCUAAAAUUAGAUUAGAAGAUAAAUAUAAUGUAUACAUAUAUAGAGUAAGAAAACUGUCAACAGUUGUCAUAUACCCAGAUUUUGAGUAACAUCAUAAUGUGGUCAUACUGAAUUUGCUGAAUACCAUGAGAUUAUCUUUUGAAACAUAAGAGAUGUCUAUUGUUGAAAUCUUUAAUGUUUACAAUAAAUAAAAACUUUAAUCUCAAUGAUAGGUAAAAUAGACCAAUAAAGAGCGUAUUGUUGUAUGAUAAACUAAUAAAUAGAGUUUGUGUUAAACAUUCUGUGACAUAGUCAGCUAAUCAUACAGCAUGUGUUACAUUUAAUGGACCAGAAAAUAUGUGAUCAGUCAUAGAUAAAGUAAAUAUUGAUUAUAAUGUAUACAGUCAAUGAUUAUACAGAGGGAAUAAUGUAGGGGAUAAAAUUAGGAUAUUAACUAUUAAUGUAAAUGUUUAAUUGUUGUAAAUUUAAAUGGUUAUAUUUAUUCUUAUAAAGUUAUGAAGCCCCUAAUGGUAUGUGAUAUUGUAAAAUAACCUGCUAAAGAUAAAAAAAAAUAAGGACCACACAAUCAGGAUUACAGACACAUCAAUCAAAAUAUCACCAACUCAUGGAGAAGGCCCUUUCUGAUUGAUGAUGUAUUGUGUCUUGAAUUACUGAACAAACACUUUGUCUUGAGAAAUGAAAGCCCACUAUUUGUAAAUAUCUGUAUGAGUAUUGAUUAUGCAGUGAAUUUUAUUGUAAAUAUAUUUCUUUGUUUUAAUUGCAUUCCAAUAUUUACACACAUCUAUGAAAUUAUCUUGCAUUCCGUUUGCAAAAUUAUUCCUUAGUAAGUUUAUGUCAGUUAAAAAAUUAGCCAUGAUAUCACACCGUUUCUUGGAAAUCCUUUUUUCGUUAAUGUUUAUAAUAUUUUAUUGUGUUAAUAUAACAGUAUUGUGUUAAUAUAACAGUAUUGUGUUAAUAUAACAGUAUUGUGUUAAAUUAUAAGGAUUAGAAGUAUUGGUUUUGUUGGUAAAUGCUGUUAAUAAGAAAUAAGUACCCAUCAGUAUGCUGAUUAUGCCUUUAAAUAGCCAUUUUCUAAGGCAGGUUACUGUGUGUCACAUUGUAAAUUUGCAUGAAAUAAUUUUUUCUAAAUUUUACUUAUUUAAAAUAACUGUCCAUAAUUAAAUCUGACAUUUUUUAGAUUUUCAUCACAGAAAAUUAAGAUUUAUUUUAUGUACUCUUUAAUCAAGGAAAUAACAAUUUGUUUGCAAGUUACACCUAUAGAUAUAAUGAUAGGCACUUAUUUUGAAGUAAACAGAAUUAGUGGGUAGUCUUCCUAUUAGUAUGGUUUAGUGAAUUUAUAAAACCUUAAAUUUUGGGUAUACAGAAAGAAGAUUUUUAAUAAUACUUUACUUCUAUUCACUGUAUUUUGUGAAGUACCUGUAAUUCAAGUGUAUUAUGUGGGAUUGUGCAAAUAAUAUAUAAAUAUGUAUUGAUAUUGUGUUGUGACGUUAAAAACUAUUAAAUUAAAGAUACUUACUGUUCUGUU